GUUUCACUAAGUUUGGCGCGCCAUGCCGAUACGUUAUAACAAGCACGAGAUGAUCGAUGCAGCCGGCAUGUUUUUUUGUCAAAAACAAAACAAAACAAAAUGAUUCUCUGGUUAGCAACUUUGGAAUAAAGAACUAGCUAACUAAAUAGAAAAAGAUAUGCAUAAUUAUAUACUCUUGGUGUUGGUAACACAAAUUACCAGUGUGGAUGGCUAUGUUAAAGCGUAUCCACCAAGGUCAUCUAAUCUCACUAUACAGCAAUUUAGCGACAAAGAAGCAGAAUUUGGUCCUGAAAUACCUGAGGAGGGUUUACAAGGCCAAUUAUUUCUUGCAAGACCUUUAAAUGCAUGCCAAUCUGUGUUUCCAGCAGUUGUUUCAUCACAUCAUGCAUUCCUUUUAAUAAAAGAAUCAUCUUCUCAGCAGUCCUGUUCUUAUGCAAAACAGGUGUUCAAUGCACAAAAAGCUGGAUAUGAAGCAGCAAUAAUUUAUCGGAAUUCGCCAAGUUCAGAUAUUGCAACAAUGAGUGGUGAAGGCUCUGGUAUUUCAGCAGUAUGUGUGCAUUAUGAAUCUGGUAUCGCAUUACAGGAUUAUUUAUUUUACACAAAUUCAAUAAUACGGAUAUCAGGCAUACCAACAAUACCUUUGCAGUUGUAUUUGGUGCCCUUCGCAGUGGUUGUUGGGAUUUGUUUUUUCUUUAUGUUUGUUUUCAGUCUUGGUCGUUAUUGUCGUUAUCGUGUCAGACAGAAGCGUGCCAGGUUGUCGCCAGCAAAUUUGAAGAAAAUUCCUACAAAAAAGUUUAAAAAAGGUGAUGAGUAUGAUAUGUGCGCGAUAUGUAUUGAAGAAUACGAAGAAAAUGAUAAAAUUAGAAUAUUACCCUGUAACCAUGCUUACCAUUGUAAAUGUGUAGACCCAUGGUUAACAUCGGGUAAAAAGCUCUGUCCAGUGUGCAAACAACCCGCUGAUCCAGAGAAGAAAAAGAAAAGAAAAAAUAAACAUUUAGAGCCUUUUGAUAAUGCUAGUACGGGUUCGCAGCAAACAGCUACGGAGGAGAGUGCAGAAGAAUCAACGGACGAGCGAACGCCUUUAUUAUCCAGCACACAAGAAGUGCGCCAUUCAGGCGCUAUUGAUGUUUAAGGGGAUUGUAAUUAUUAUUAUUUCUGUGAAAACGUCAAGUCAAACGUCUAACACAAAUUGCACAAAUACAUGAUGACGUCAGUAAAAUAGACAUUCAUGACGUCAUUUUCAAGGAGAAUUUAUUUUUAUGUAAAAAAUUUAGUACGUUUUUGAAGUGUUUUCUGGAAAGGUCUUAAGAUGGGAGAAGGGCAGGAGGGAGUAUCUCAUAUUACCGGAAAUUGCAUUGAAAUUGAAAAGAAAUCUGCAAAUAAUUGGUUUCAAAGAGGUAAGGAAAUAUCGCUAGUAUUUGUUUUUUUCUAAAAAAACAUUUUAAAAAGAGAUAUUGGGCACUGAGAAACGUCAAGUUGAUUGGCGUAAAGACUUUUAAUGUUUAGAGAUUUAAAUUGUUUUUAUCUUUGUUUUGAAGAUAAUUCGAACAAUCGAGACAAACUGUUAACGCCGUGCAGCGCGCCCAGUUAUGUUGAGAUAGCAUUCCAGUCUUCACUUUAGUCUUUAUUUUUUUAUAUUAUAAUUUUUUGAAGAAGGUGUCUGUUUACGUGUUUCUAAUCAAACCUCUGAUUAAAAAUGGUCAGCUCUAUUUUAAACAUGGUUUACCAUUUUUCAAAGGAUCUUAAUAUUAUCAAACUGAAAAGAGAAGAUUCCUGAGUACAGGGGGAUUUUCACGAAGCGAAUUCGACGGCGAAUUGUAUCUGUGCAUGCGCAGUUUUGUUUGUUAUGAUUUUGCAUCGAAAUAUUCGCUUUGCUGAAAAGUAGAAACAGUUCCUACUUUUUCGCGGCUAAAGGUUUCGCUGCUAGUUGUAGACCAAUCAGAACGCGGUUAACCAAUGUAAACAAUGAAUUUGGCGUGUAAUUUAUUUUGUCGUGAAAAUUAAAAAGCGAAUUCGCCAUCGAUUUCGCCGUCGAAUUCGCCGUUUAAUUCGCUUCGUGGAAACCCCCCUUUACAUGUGGUUAUUAAGGUCAUGUCCCAUGUGACGCACAAUGGUAAUUUUGCAAUUAUUAUGUCGCUUCAAAAAACUCGUUUUUUAUAUGUAAUUAAAGAGGUGCUUUUGCUGCCUCGUGCAGAAAAAUAGUGUGAUGUAAAUAUACCUUUGUGUUGAUUGUAUUAAAGUACGAUUUACAUUGGUUUGAAGUUAUAUAAGUUUAGUAAUGUAAUUUAUGUAAAUCUUUUUAUUUUCGAAAGAAUUUGCAAAUAAAGUAAAUUAUAUAAAACGCCAACAGUCGUAAAGGAGUGAAAAAAUUAAAUUUCCUACUUCUAAUUUUAUCCUUUUUCUCACAGAUUUGAUCUAAAAUUCGUUUCUUAAAUUUUUUUUGUAAAAAAAGGAGUGCUGACGAAACGGGGGAUGAGGGAAAUAAAUGAAGGAGCAAGUCCGCCAAUUUGUUAUUCUCCAAUCUAGUUAGUUUAAAUUCAAAAGAUUUCUACGAUAGCGCCAAUUUUAAAGGGGGUUUCUCUCGCCCUACGAAUUCGUCGGUCAUGAAGAAUAAUGAUAGUAAAGGGUAUGUAAUGAGUAUUUGAUGGCUGCUUAGAAAUCUUUUUUUUUGAAAUUUUUUAUACUUUCAAAUCUACAAAGGCAAAAAUUUGGAGGAACAAGAUGGCGUUCGCAGUAGAUAAAUACAUUUUUCACGCCUGUUUUUCUUUGGACAUUUAAUUUAGGAUUAUUUAGACAUGAUACCGUACUGUAGAUAAUGUACAUAUGCCUAUGUAUAAUAACUGUGAUUCUCUGUAUAAUUUUCUUUUUUAAUAAAAUCACAAAUUGA